AUGGUCAUCGGCCUGCUCACCAUAGCCGCCAUCCCGAGCACCAUUGGCGUCUGCGAGGCGCUGAGCGCGCAGAAGAAACAGAACGCCGCCGACAAGGAAAAGGCCAAGUUCACCGCCACGGCCGCCCUGUCGCUCGCCGGCGAGCCGCCCGCCGACGCCCCCGUCGUCCUGAUCGGCGGCCGCCUGUUUCUCGACCACCCCGACGCCCGCGUCGCCUACGGCCGCGCGCAUCCCUUUUCGGGCUACUACUUCAACUACCCGGGCGACACCCCGUGCCUCGGCCUCGUCAGCACCAUUGCCGUCGACCCGCCCAUGCUCAACUGGAUCUACGCCGACAAGGACACGGGCCGGCUGCUGCACGCCGGGCGCAAAGACACCUUGGGCCACCGGGUGGGACCCUGGGGCUGGUCCGACGACGAGACCUGGCUGACGUACGACGGCGACGCGACGCGGUUUGUGGCGGCCCAGGAGGAAAUUGCCAUUGGCGACGCGGUCACGCCUGUCUGGGGCAUCUACCUGCAGGACCCAGACGCCGACGAGGACGUGGCGGACGGCAGAGGCGUGCCCAUCCUGAUCCGGCGGUCGUUUGGGAUGGAGAGCAAGUAUGUGCGGGACAGCCAGCGCGAGAAGCAUGGGUUAGAGAAGAGGUGA